AUGCAGCCGCUGCGACCGCUGAUCGCGGCGCCGCCGCUGCUGCUGGUGCUGCUGCUGGCGGCCUGCCCCCUCCGCGCGCUGGGCAUCCAUCACCUGAAUGUCCACGUGGGCGCAAAGUCGAAGGCGCAAAUGACAGAGAUAGCCCGCCGCCUGCCGCCGGCCGGCGACGCGUUUGACUCUUUGACCGAGGGCCAGCGCGGCGCGUGGACGCACGACCUGCGGCUCAGCGCGGCGGAGACGCUGGCGGCGCUGGCGGCGCCCAAAGUCAGCGUGACCGUCGACGUAAAGCUGGUCGGGUUCGACGGGGAGGG